GCCAAUCACAGGGCGCGCUGCUCCUGUACACGGAACUGAUUGCGGGCUGCUGGCAGAUACACACAGGUAGCUCAUGGCUGAUCAAAACGGUCACGUUGAUGCUGGCCCUGCCGGCCCGCCAAUGGAACAAGUGGCAGGUGCCGGCUUCCCUGCGCCUCCUCCGCCCAUCUACUCCUGCACUCUGACCCCAGAGCUAGUGGCCAAGGCGCGAGAGGAGCUGCAGGAGAAGCCGGAGUGGCGUCUCCGAGAUGUUCAAGCUCUGCGUGAUAUGAUUCUGAAGGAGCAGCCCAACCUGAGGACGCGUCUGGACGACGCUUUUCUCCUGCGCUUCCUCCGAGCCAGGAAGUUCGACUAUGACCGAGCCAUGCAGCUGCUGCUGAACUACCACGGCAGCAGGAGAGCCUGGCCUGAGGUCUUCCAGGACCUGAAGCCCUCCACGGUGAAGCACGUGCUCGACCUGGGCUUCCUCACUGUCCUGCCGAGGCCCGACCCUCAGGGCCGAUACAUCCUGUGUUUACGGCCAGGCAAGUGGAAACCCAACGACUAUCAUUUUGUGGACAACAUACGAGCCAUUUAUUUAACUCUGGAGAAGCUGAUUCAGCCGGAGGAGACCCAGGUGAAUGGAAUAGUCAUCCUGGUGGACUACACUGGAGUGGGCUUGUCUCAAGCCUCCAACCCCGGCCCUCUCCUAGCCAAGAAAGUUGUUAGUAUCCUUCAGGAUGGAUUUCCCAUCAGAAUAAAGGCUGUAAACAUCAUAAACGAGCCCCGAAUCUUCAAGGGAAUAUUUGCGAUUAUUAAGCCUUUUCUAAAGGAGAAGAUGGCUGAGAGGUACGUCCUGCACGGCUCGGACCUGUCGUCCCUGCACCGGGUCAUCCCUCGCUCCGUCCUGCCGGAGGAGUACGGCGGGGUGGCGGGCCGGCUGGACAUGUCGGCCUGGGCGCGGACCCUGCUGGAGGCGGAGGAGGAGUUUGUGGUGGAGUUCUGCCAGCCGGACCCUCUGGAGGGCGUGGUCCUGCCAGACUCCAUGCUGUUUGAGGGCGAUCAGGCUGAGGACUCUUAUAGAAGCCUGCGCUCUCAGCUCUACUACUGUUACUGAGCGCCGCUCCGGCAGUCGGCCUCUGUUUCUUUAGAAACGUCCGCUUGAUGUGGCCGUUCGGGUCAAUUUUAAUUUUACUUAAAUGUGUCAUUAAAGCUGAAGGGGUGUGAGGCCUGGGCUGGCCCUGUCGAGUACGCUAAGCUAAGUUUCGGUAGAAAAAAAAAUCUUUAUUUAAUGCUGUUUAGGGUCAGAUACUAGUGCAUCUCAAAAAAACAGAAUUAUAUGGAAAAUGUAUUAUUUUAUUUUAUUUUUUAUUUUAGUAGUUCAGUUCAAAAUGUAAAACAUUUAUUUUAUUGUUGAUGAUUAUGGCUUACAGCCAUUGAAAACCCCAAAAAAUCAUUGUUUCAGAAAAUGAUAUAUUAGGAAUAUUAUAUAAGACCAAUUGGCACUUUUGGUAAGCAGUGUGGGCAUUGUGCCAAGUCCUGCUGGAAAAUGAAAUCUGGAGAUGCGGAUUUCAUUUUCCAGCAGGAUUUGUUCCAAAAGUACCAAUUAGUCUCAUAUAAUAUCCUAAAAAUAAUUUAAACCAUACAUAAUCAUCAGCAAUAAAAGAAAUAAACACUUAAAACAGAUCACUCUGUGUUUAAUACAUCUAUAUAAUAUAUGAGUUUCUCAUUUUACAUUUUAAUUGAAUUACUGAAAUAAAGUAAUUAGUAGUAAUUAGUAAGUAGUAGCUUUUUAAUGAUGUUCUAAUUUUUUUGAGAUGCACUAGUAGGUCCUUUAGUGUAGUGCUGCCUUCACGUCCAAAUUGGAAGCUUGUACAUUUAAUUUUGGAGCUUGUUAGUACAAUGUUAAUUCUUAUGUUCAUUAUAAAUACGUAUUUAUAAUAUAAAUAUAUUUACAAUUACUGCAAAUUACUACACAACAAACAAAAAGUAAAGAAAUAGCAUUAGCUGACUGCAGUUGCAGUUUUAACAUGUAAUCAGCAUUUAUUUAUUAAUAUGCCUCCAAAAGUUUUCCACUUUUGUGGGGACACUCAUCUUAUAAAUACAAUAUUUCCAAUAAGAAAUGAAGGCAGAAUUUGACUAGUGUUCAGUAGAGUUUAGUGAUUUAUCCCCAGAGCUGUGGUUGUAGAGCCUUUUUGCUGUAGUUUACUGUUAUUCCUGUACAAACGCACACAAAGCAUUCUAAUGGCUUGUCCUUAACGCUAAUUAAUUUGUACAUUUCAGCGUAAGUAAGUUUUGCCUUAAUCGAUGAAAAAGGGACAGAGGUGUAGACUCUGCGGUCGAGGUCUGGCCCCGAUACGUUAAACCCAAAGCAAUAGUGAUGUGCUUUCUUUUUUUGUUGCCUCAUUUUUCAUGUGAUUAUUCCUGCACCAGUUCAUUGAAGCUACAAGACUCACUUUUCUUACUAUUUUUUUUUUUUAGAUCAUCUGAAACUUUCCUUGGUUAUGUUUUCAGCCUUCCAUUGUUCUUUUUUGCCUUGUUCAUACUAGUUGCGUUAAAAAAACAACAACACACCAAGCAUGCCAGACAUCUCAGCAUGGAGUUGUAGAGGUUCCUAAUGGCGUCCUGCAAUAAUCCAUCUCAUGCAGCUUUAAUACUCUGAUGCAGAUUUCAUUUUCCAGCAGGACUUGGCACACUGCCCACACUGCCAAAAGUACCGAUUGGUCUUAUAUAAUAUUCUAAGAUUUCUGGGUUUUCAUUGGCUGUAAGCCAAACUCUGUGUUUAAUACAUCUAUAUAAUAUAAUAUAAGAGUUUCACAUUUUUACCUGAAUUACUGAAAAAAAAAGUUACUUUUCAGUGAUAUUCAAUUUUUUUUGAGAUGCACUAGUAUAUUAAAUCCCUGUAAUAAGGUGCCCUAAUGUGCCCAUUCAGACCCAUUGACCUUAUAUCCCAGUCAAACUACCCACCAAGUUUUAUUUCAGUUGUUUUAUUCCUUCUGUGUGCAACAUAUUUUUGUUGACGAUAUUUUAUGUGUACAGGUGCAUCUCAAAAAAUUAGAAUAUCAUUGAAAAGUUACUUUAUUUCAGUAAUUUAGUUCAAAACUCUCAUAUAGAUGUAUUACACAUAGAGUGAUACAUCUAUUUUAAGCAUUUAUUUAUUUUAUUGUUGAUGAUUAUGAAGCUUACAGCCAAUGAAAACUCAAAUCAGCAUCUCAGAACAUUUAAACACUAUAUUUUAUUAUUAUAACCUAAUAAUAAUACCUUUGAGGCAGUGUGGGCAGUGUGCCAAGUCCUGCUGGAAAAUGAAAUCCGACAACAUAACCUUUUAAUUAUAUUCUAAUUUUGUGAGAUGCACCUGUAUAUGUACACUAUGUAGCUAUUUAGCUAUUGUUCCUACAAAGAAGCUUUAACCAUCAGAAAGUAUAGUUUCACUGCAUUACAUAUAUAAUAUGCUAAACAUCCUUACACUUAAGUGGCCAAUAUAAAAAUCCAUAUUUCUCGUUUUUUACCAUGUUGUUCGUUGCCAAAACUGAUGGGGUUCAAUAAUAAAUCUGUUUAUAAUAUUGUAUAAAUCUGUAGAUUAGAUGCUGUGAUAUUUGUAUUCACAAUAUUUGGUGAUAUGGUUUCAUUUAUUGUCUUAAGAUUUCACAUUCAAGUGUUGUAGCUUGCCUUGUCUUCAUAAAGCUAUUAUCCUGUUUUGUUCAAUAUAUUAAAGUCAAAAUAGUCUAAUUGCCAUUUUAAUAAACAAUGACCUAAUUUGCAAUAUUAA